AUGGAAAUAUCUUCCGAGAAGAUUGAACAUGCCGAUAUUGACGAAGAACCCUCUUUCACCCCCGAGGAAGAGAAAGCGUUGGUGAGAAAGAUUGAUAUGACUCUGCUGCCGACGAUAUGGAUCAUGUAUCUGCUCUCAUAUAUGGACCGUACCAAGUAUAUUAUCAUGCCUUCAGUCCCCAUGGAUCAAAGACUGACUCAUAUCCACACCUACAGCAUCGGAAAUGCAAAGAUUUCUGGCAUGGAGACUGAUCUGAACUUGAGUUCAGGUCAAUAUUCGAUUGCCUUGGUUGUUUUCUUCGUGGGAUACGUAGUAUUCGAAGUUCCCAGCAAUUUAAUCCUCGGUCGAACUCGACCCUCCCUUUUCUUGCCGGGAAUCAUGAUCGUCUGGGGAACUUUGACCUGUGUGAUGGCAGUUGUUAAGAGCUACAAGCAUUUGGUAGCUCUUCGAGUCAUAAUCGGUUGUGUUGAAGCCGGAUUUGCACCGGGUGUUUUGCUCGUGCUAUCAUCGUGGUAUAAGCGUACAGAGCAGUCCAAGCGAUUUGGAGUUUAUAUUUCUGCGGCGAUCCUGUCAGGUGCCUUCGGAGGACUUAUAGCAGCUGGUAUCGUUGAUAACCUGGAGGGCGUUCAUGGGAUUCGAGGAUGGCGAUGGCUUUUCAUCGUUGAGGGAGCUGCUACCAUCGGUUUUGCAAUCAUCUCCCUUUUCAUUCUCCCUGACUUCCCAGCGACAUCCCGACGAUUGUCCGAACGCGAAAAACACAUCGCGGUCGCUCGACUGGCCAGCGAGAACGUGACUGCUGUCACUACAGAUGGUGAAAAAAUGGGCGACUGGGAGGCUGUCAAAAUCGCAGUAAAGGAUUUGAGAACUUGGGCCUUCGUGGUUGGCUACAUGGUCAUCGUUGGCUCCAGCACUCUCACCUACUUUUACCCGACUUUGGUCCAGGGGUUAUUCGAAGGCGCAUCUACCUACCGCGUGAAUCUUCUCACGGUCCCAAUAUAUGGUGUGGCUUUCGUCUGCACUGCCGUUACCGCCUACUUUAGCGACAAGAUCCCAACUUGGCGAGGCCUUGUCAUUUCAUGCUGGCUGGCCUUCUCGCUGAUAUGUUCGAUAAUUGUGUGUGUAGUUUACACCUUCACUGCUCGAUAUGUCUUACUCGUUUUGAUGGCUGCUGGGCUAUGGGCAACCAAUGGCGGGACUCUGGCGUAUGCAUCAUCUGCAUUCGCUGGCAUGCACCCUCAAGCACGGGGUGUGAGUCUGGCGCUAGUCAAUGCGCUGGGUAACCUGGCCCAGAUUUAUGGAUCGUACCUGUUCCCGGACUCUGACAGUCCUAAAUACAUCAUGGGAUUCUCAGUUAUUUCUGCGAUGUUGACUGUAGGAGUUGUUACUUUCGCAGGCUUGCAUGUUUGGUUCCGCCGGCGCUCACAGUCUGAGACUGAGGAGUAA